UGAUGAGAAGGAAUUGGUAAUUUAAUUUAACUUUUUUUUAUUGUUUAUUUAUGCUUUUAAAUUUUCUAUUGACGAACACUAGAAGAGGUAUAUUUUUAUUCACAUUAUUUAUUAUGUUUCAGGACCUUUUUUAAUGGCGGAAAUAGUAGGAGCAAUAUUCGGUGCAUUGAGUUGCAUUUGUGGUACUCCAACCUGCAACUGUAUAGAUCAACAUAGAAAUUUUAAUGAUGAUGUGGAUGAGCUGAGAAGAAAAUUGGACAAUCUAACUAGCCAGAAACAAGAUAUAGAAUCAAGAAUACAAGAAGCAGAGGCUCGCAGGGGACAAAUGGUUAGACAACAAGUGCAAGAAUGGCUUAAGCAAGCAGAAGAGAUCAAUGUUAAACUGCAAGCAUUUUUGGAAAAGGUGCAGGGAGUCAAGUGGUACAAGCGUGCUUGUCUUGACAGACUUGUUUGUAGAAAAAUUAAUAUGGUGAAGGAAAUGCUUGAUAAAGGUAGUUUUCCUAAAGGCCUUGUUAUUGAGAGGGCUCUAGCUCAUGGAAACAUAAUUCCAACAGAGAAUUUAGUGGGGCAAGUUUCUACUAAAGAAGAAAUUUGGAGGUACUUGAUGGGUGAUGAGGUUGGAAUGAUUGGAGUUUGUGGGAUUGGUGGAGUUGGAAAGACCAUGAUCAUGAAGAAUCUCCACAAUGAUUUACUAAGGGAGACUAGAUUUGAGAAAGUGAUCUGGGUUACUGUAUCAGAUCGUCUCAAUGUUUUCGAAUUACAAAAGAAGAUUGCUGAUGAUAUGGGCCAAAGACUUCGAGAUGAUGAAGAGGUGAUGAUGCGAGCAGCAGCACUAAUGGAAAUAAUGACAAGAAUCGGGGAAGAAUGUGUAGUGCUUCCAAAUAACCUUGAGGAUUUGUGGAUAAUUGAGGGUAGAAACAUGAGAAGCAGCUUAAACAAAACAGUUACGUUAGAAAUGGAAGCAAAUGAGUUGAGACGGUGCUGUAUUUGGGAUUGUGAAGAGAUAGAGUGCGUGGUUGAGUUGGACUCAUCUUCCUCUUCCUCAUUGUGUUGUCCAGUACUUGAUAAGCUUGAACUGCUGCAACUUUGGACAUUGCCUAAGUUAUGUGAAGUUGUGAGAGCGGAAGGAGCGGCAACACCAUCGCACAUCUUUUCCAAUCUUAAAACACUUAUAAUAGAAGAUUGUCCAGGAAUGAGGAAAUUGCUUCCACCUGAGCUACAACAGGCCUUCCAAAACUUAGAGGAGAUUGAAGUUGGUAACUGCAAACAAAUGGAGGAGAUAAUAGCAUCAUCAGAUUCAUAUGCAUCAUCGGAUAAAUUCACUUUUCCCAAGUUAAGGAGAUUGUGCUUGUGGUAUUUACCCCAAUUGAAGAGCAUCUGCAGUGCCAAAGGAGUUAUGGUUUGUGAUUCUAUUGAAAAAAUUCAAAUAUCGAGAUGUCAAGAGUUAAAGAGGAUCCCAGUGCAACUUCCCCUACUUGAUAAUGGCCAACCAUCUCCUCCUCCUCAUCUCAGAGAAAUCAACAUGGAUAAAGACUCCAAAGAAUGGUGGGAAUCAGUGGAGUGGGAUCAUAAGAACCUACUUCACCCUUUCUUGAAAUAUUUUCCCUGGUGAUUAAGAGACGAAAGGAAACAAUUUUUGUUGAUUUGAAAGGAAUAAACGAUCACGAUCUAGAGUAAGAAAUCAUCAACUUAAAGUUCCAUUGAUUUGGUGUCAUAAACGAUCACGAUCCAGGAUUUGGUGUCAUAAACUCCAAGUAGUGAGUAUUGAUUUCACUCUGUUCAUUUUCUAUCUGUAUCUAUAUUUCGAUCCUAAAUUAACUUUCAAAAUUAAU